CUGGAGCAGGGGGUUGGACUAGAUGACCUCCGAGGUCCCUUCCAGCUCUAUUCUGAUCGAUUGACUGACGGGAGAAGGGAGGGGCAUCUAAGAAGCCCUGAAGGCUACUUGAGUUUUCCCCCCUCAAACGAAUGGCAAGGAGGAGAAUGUCAACUAGACCUUGAAUUCUGGCCACAAGUGAGCCCAAAAAUUUCUGUUGCUAAGCAAGACAUCUGUCAAGUCAGUUUUGCCCCAUUUUACGACCUUUUUUGCCACUGUUGUUCAGUGAAUCCAUCGCAGUAAUCAAAUGAGUCACCAGGUCAUUAUGGGAAUCCGGCUUCCCCAUUUUGACUUUGCUUGCCGGAAGGUCACGUGACCCCGGGACGCUGCGACCGUCACAAAUGUGAGCCGGUUGCCAAGUGCCUAAAUUUUGCUCACGCGACUGUAGAGAUGCUGAACGGUCGGAAGUGUGAAAAACGGUCUUCAGUCCCGUUUUUCGGUGCUGUGGGAAUUUCGAACGGUCGCUAAACGAACGUUUGUCGAUCGAGGCUUAUCGGCGAUGAUUCGUUAAUGUGACCCUUUUUGGUCAGAGAAGAGAGACGAGAAAAUGGAGACCCCGUGGGCGAGACCCAAACUUGCCAAUCCAGGGUCCGAAGUGGCAGUGAAGGAGGAGCCGGUGGAGGAGUUGCGCAUUGGCCGUCCCCGAGACCUGGCCGAGGGAGAGGCGUUAUUGCCUUCAGGGAUCCGGCCAGAGGUGGUGAUCAAGGAGGACUCAGGGGAUCCGUCGUACCGUGCGGGUCUCCGGGAAGAGAGCGACGAGGAUGCCAGCAACGAUUCCUCUGACACCAAACCUGACGUUAUUGUGAAGAUGGAACCAGAGGAGGAGGGGGAGGGGGUCUUUGGCUGCUCCCAUCCUCCUAAGCCUGACCCCCUGGGUGAGUUUGACCCGCUUUUGGCCACCCAGCACAGGUCUUCCGGCUGCUUGGAGCCGAGUCCCAAUGUACCGUGGGGACAGCCGAGCCAGGAGCCAUGUGGAAAGCGUGUGGAAAGCGCUCUUUCCCGGGACUGCCCCAAGAUGAAACGCAGCGGGGUUCAGGACGCGUCCCCACCACCCGCCUCCGAUCCCGGACGAUCCCCCGGUGCUGUGGAAAAGCCGACCGGCAUCGUCUCCGGCGUGACCGAGGCCUACCACUGCCCCAAGCGGCCCUUCGCCUGCAGCGUGUGCGGGAAGCGCUUCCCGCACCGCGGCAACCUGGCGACCCACCUGCGGGUCCACACGGGGGAGAGGCCCUUCCCCUGCGCCGCGUGCGGGAAGCGCUUCAGCCAGAAGGGGGACCUGAUACGCCACCUGCGGCUCCACACGGGGGAGAAGCCCUUCGCCUGCCCCGUCUGCGGCAAGAGCUUCUGCUCCAAGCAGACCUUCGUCUUCCACCAGCGCACCCACACCGGCGAGAGGCCCUUCUCCUGCCCCGAGUGCGGGAAGGGCUUCAGCCACAAGGCCAACUUCCUCACCCACCAGAAGAGCCACCGGGGCGAGCGGCCGUUCGUCUGCGGCGCGUGCGGCAAGGGCUUCUGCGCCCGGAAGACCUUCCUCCUCCACCAGAAGAUCCACGGGGGCGAGCGGCCCUUCGCCUGCCCCGACUGCGGGAAGAGCUUCAGCCGGAACGGGGACCUGACCCGCCACCGGCGCAUCCACACCGGCGAGCGGCCCUUCUCCUGCGCCGACUGUGGGAAGAGCUUCAGCCACAAUGGGGAACUUAUCAAGCACCGACGCAUCCACACGGGUGAGAAGCCCUUCUCCUGCCCCGAGUGCGGGAAGAGCUUCAACCGCAAGGGUACCCUGGUCACCCACCAGCGCAUCCACACCGGCGAGCGGCCCUUUGCCUGCGGCGCGUGCGGCAAGACCUUCAACCUGAAGACCACCCUGAUGAAGCAUCGGCGGAUCCACACCGGCGAGCGGCCCUUCGCCUGCCUGGAGUGUGGGAAGAGCUUCAAGUACAAGGGGAACCUGCGGACCCACCAGCUGACGCACACGGUGCAACGGGUGUAUCCGUGCACCGAGUGCGGCCUCGUCUUCGGCCAGCGGAAGCAGCUGAAGGGGCACCAGGCGGCUCACGCGGGGGACCGCCUGCGGCCCUGCCACGGGGAGGACGGCAAGGACGGGAACCCCUUCCUCCCGGUGCACCCCCUCCUCCUCUCCUGCGCCCCGCUUCCCGUGCCUCUGGAGACCCUGACCAAGUUCAAGCCGGAAGCCGGCUGCCAAGGCCUUGGACUUCGGGACCCUGACCUUUAAACUUGCUCGAGGGGGGGGAAGGAAGUCUUUUCGUUUCUCUGCGGGACGUCGUUGUUUGCGGCGAACAUGGCAGCAACCUGGAGAGAGACCGGCAGAGGAAGGACGCCGACAUGGAUGUUCGGGCGUAAUCUGGCAGCCCCAUCCACCAAGGAGGAGACCAAGGCCAGUCCAGGCUGGACGGUCUCCAAAUUCUUAGCUUAGCAAACCGGGCGCUUCCUAGGGCAGGCGUCCCCACCUUUUGGACGCCAGGGACCGCUACCGCGGAGAGAGGUUUUCCCGCAGACCGGAGGACGCGCCGUUUCGCCCGCUGCCUUCGUCCCGCGGACGGGGCUUUGCUUGUUUGUGCGGACCGGUUGCUGGCGUGCCGCGGCCCGCUACCGGUCCACGGGAUGGUCGUAAAGGAGGGAGUAGGUGACUUCCCCUCCCAGGGUGCACCUGGUCAGCCAGCCAAAGGCAAUAAAGCUGGGUGAUUCAAGAGGAAA